AUGGCGCAGAUCCUAACCGCUACGGGCAGCACCUUUGCAAAAAAAUAUGUUGACAAUUUUAGCAAAAGGUUUGAGCCUGAGGAUCCGUACUAUGAGACGUACGAACAUAAUGGCAAACAAAAGCGCCGCAAGCGUCCCCUACCGCAAGGACUUACGCGCAAGGAGGAAAAGAUUUUGCGCAAGGUUCUGCGUCGUGCACACUAUCUUGACAAGGGGUUUAACAUCUGUGGUAUGCGAUUCGGAUGGACGUUUCUUAUCGGCCUGAUUCCGCUUGCGGGGGACCUGGUGGAUGCGCUGCUUAAUUACAACCUGAUUAUAAAAAAGUGCAAACAAGUUGACAAGUACGUCAUGCUGGCGAAUAAUAGUGUCUCUAUUGGUCUUGGUCUCGUGCCCAUUGUUGGCGAUAUCGAUAUGCGCGAACGUGCCGCAGAAAAUUUGCGCAACCAAGCCUCCGGCACGAAUGCUGGUACGCCGGCCGUGCCGCCAAGGCCUGCAGGUGGCAAAUCGAGCUUGAUGCAGCCCAUGUCGUAUUAA